UGGAGUAGAGAUUGAGAGCAAGAUUGGUAGCGUAUUUCAUCCUUUUUUUUGCGAAUGACAUCCCUUCCACUUGAAGCACUAGUUUACCUUUCUUCACUUGGUUUUAGAUGUGGAACAUGUUGCGGAAUUGUAGCUUGAUUUGAUUGAUUAGCUCUGUUGUUUGGGAUUUCGGUAGUUGUCGGUAACGGUACAAAGACCGUAAACGUCAGUUCUCAGAAGAGAAACGGAGCGGCGAGCUAACUCGGGGCACACGGGCGGACGCGUCUGCCCGGGACAGGUUUGGGAAUAGUGGACAACAGCGCUCACCCACCAUACCGGAGACCAUCUGACAUCCGCAGGCGGCCUAGGAGACUCCGAAGGAUGGAUCAACUCAAAGUCAAGGACAGAAUACUGGAAAACAUUUCCCUGUCUGUCAAGAAGUUACAGAGUUACUUUGCUGCCUGUGAGGAUGAAACGCCGGCGAUUCGGAACCACGAUCGAGUCCUGCAACGCCUGUGCGAGCACCUGGACCACGCUCUGCUUUACGGGCUGCAGGAUAUCUCCUCGGGGUACUGGGUCUUGGUGCUGCACUUCACCCGCAGGGAGGCGGUGCGGCAGAUCGAGGAGCUCCAGCACAUCGCCACCAACCUCGGCCGCAGUCGAGCCUGGCUGUACCUGGCGCUGAGUGAGAGCUCACUGGAGAGCUACCUCCGUCUCUUCCAGGAGAACCAGGGGCUGCUUCACAAGUAUUACUUCAAGAAUGCCUUGGUCUGCAGCCAUGAUCACCUCACUCUGUUUCUCACUCUGGUGUCAGGACUGGAGUUUAUUCGAUUUGACCUGGAGCUGGAUGUCCCUUACCUGGAUGUUGCACCUUAUAUGCCAGAGUACUACAAACCUCACAACCUGCCGGACUUUGAAGAGAGGCUGCCCAGCUCGGAUAGCCUGUCCCUGCACUCCUUCACCUCCCUCACCUCCACUAACCUGGAGUGGGACGACAGCGCCAUCGCCCCCUCCAGUGAGGAUUAUGAUUUCGGUGACAUCUUUCCUGUGUUGCAGUCAGUGCCAGGUGCAGACUGGGAAGAAGGAGACCUCACAGACCCAGCCAGCGGCCCCCGCUCCUCCAAUUCAGACCCCCCGACUGUGGUCAGCGUAUCGAUGGGGGUGGGAGCCGGGGGGUUCACAGCGAAGGGGGCCCCCACUCCGCGAAGCCCCACGUUUCGGCACAACCCCUUCAACGAGGACUCGGACACCGCCACCUCCGCUGAUGUCACCCCCGUCCACACGGCCUGCCGACACGAUGCCGCGGCCGUAGAUGACACGGGGAGCACCAGCACGGAGCUGGAGGUCAUAAGGAUGGCCCGGCGCAGGAAACCGGGGAAGAAGCGCCGUGGGAAGGGAUCGGUGGAGUCCACAGGCGGCAGCCAGAAUGCAAGCCCCCCAGACCAGGACGAGGGGGAGGAGGAACCCCAGGACCCGUCACCGCCGGACCACGACAAGGACCCAGUAUCCGGAGAAGGGUGUGGGGGGUCGGAGAGGUUCCUGGACUCCAGGGCCAGGAGGGGUGAGCGGGAGGAGGAGGAAGAGGCAGAGGAGGGGGAGGAGGAGGCAGAGGGGUUGCUGAGGCUCCCGGAGAUGACGGACACUUCCAUGGACAGCGUGGGGCAGCCGCUGAGGGAGGUGAUGGACAGGCUGAAUGGGGCUCUGGACGGGCCGGACUGGGAGCAGGCCGGGGAGGAAGAGGAAGAGGAGGAGGGAGGAAGCAGCGGCCUGAGGGGGAGCCUCACUCCUGAGGCCAAAACCAGCCCUCCACCCCCCCAGCAGCAGCCCUUUCGGGGGGACGCGGGAGGCGAGCCGCCUGACCCGGCACCCCAGACCCGCUCUGUGGCCCCGGACCCCAACUUCCUGCAGGCCCCCCCGGCCCCAGCAGACUUCUACCGCUUUGCCCUCCACAGUCCAGACUCUGCUGCCCCAGGUGGUGGCCACCAUGACACUGCAGGGGAUAGCCAGCCGCAGGCUGUAUCUGGUGGCCAUGAAGAUGAGGGAGAGGGAGAGGGAGAGGCAGCGAAAGGAAAGGACUCCACCGUCACCUUAGAGGAAGAGGAGGAGGACGACGAGGAAGAGGAGCAAGAAACACAGCCGGAGGUACUGGAAAAUGGCUCCACCAUGGCAGGAAAUGAAGAGGAGUACGAGGAAGAGGAGCAGACCAGUCCGACGGACACCUCCCAUCCGGCUGAGUUCAGUGUCGACAACAACCACCUGCUGCUGCUCAUGAUCCACGUCUUCAGGGAGAAUGAGGAGCAGCUCUACAAGAUGGUGAGAAUGAGUACUGGCCACAUGGAGGGUGACCUGCAGCCUCUCUACCUGCUGCUGACAGACUGCUACAUCUACCUGCUGCGUAAAGGGGCAGCUGAGAAGCCCUACACAGUAGAGGAGGCAGUGUCCUACAAUGAACUGGACUACAUUUCCGUGGGUUUGGACAAGCAGACGGUCACGCUGGUGUGCACCAACAGGAGGAGGCAGUUCCUACUGGACACUGCCGACUCAUCGCUGACCGACUGGUUUCUGGCUGCUCUGAGAUCAGCCAUGAUAAAGGGUUGCCGGGAGCCCCCGUACCCCUCUGUCCUGACCGACGCCACCAUGGAAAAGCUGGCACUCACCAAGUUUGUCUCCCAGGAGUCGCACUGUGAGGUGUCAGAGGUGUGCAUCCAGCUCUACUCACUGGUUCACUGGGAGGACCCCAUGGAUGUCUCCGUGUCCCCCCACGCCACGUUGAGCAGCCCCUUGGACUCCGGCAGCACCAAAGAGGGGCCGAUGUUCUACCGAGCGGGGACCACAUACCUGGGCAAGGAGCUAUGGAAGAGCUGCUACCUGGUGCUGAGCAAUGGAAUUCUGUAUCAGUACCCAGAGAGGACAGAUGUGACGCCGUUGCUGUCUAUCACUAUGGGGGGGGAGCAUUGUGGAGGGUGUCGGAGGUCCAACUCCUCGGAGCGGCCGCAUGCCUUCCAGGUGAUCCUGACCGACCGCCCCCCUCUGGAGCUGAGUGCGGAGAACGAGCAGGACAUGGCCGACUGGAUGCAGCUUCUGUGCCAGUCGGUCUCUAAAGGGGUGAUCCCGCAGGGGGCGGCCCCCACGCCGUGCAUCCCCUGCUGCCUGGUGGUGACGGACAGACAGCUGCUGACGUGUCAUCAGGACUGCCAGACGAGCUUCUUUCGCUCGCUGGGAGGGGCGGAGCUCUGCGACGUCACUGCCGUCCGCGUGGAGCGGGAGAAGGAAUACUGCGUCAUUGAGUUUGCUGAGGACCGUGCUCAGUUCUUGCCCCCCUGGGUGCUGUAUUUCAGCAGCUGCGAGGAGAGAGACCGGCUGCUGGCUGCGCUGGAGAGAGCGUGGAAGAACAUUUUUCAGGUGUGUCUCCCGCAGAAGGGCGUGUCGGACCCCUGUGUGCAGAAGCGCUGCGGCGAGGCCCUGGCCCUGAUGAGGAGCGCCUGGCAGCGCAGCGACAGCCUGCAUCGGGGCCGGUCGCAGCGGGAGCCCUGGUGCUGAGCGGGCGCGGGGCCGGCCUCAUGGAUCGUUAACACUAUCGCUCUAUAAAUAGGUCUGUGUGUGACUGUCCCGCCAGGAGAGCCGGGACGCCAGGACUGCUUUUACUCUUUAAGGGCGUGGCUGCGGUGACGUAGUUCCGGGAUGCCGGGGGGAGCUUUGGGACUGUCUGUUCGGGUUCUUUGGGGUCGGACGACUCGGUUUCACCCCGUGCGGUUUGUUGAGCACAGCUGCAAUCUUUUUUUUUUUUGUCCCCCCCCCUCCUCAAACUGGAGCUGUGGGUAGAAGACUGCAUCCUACUCAAUCAACAGUCUGUGCAGCCCCUCCCCCACUUCAGAGACCUCCCCCAGAGCAGCAUCCCCCGCGGCCUGGAAGUUCAAACACAGCCAGUUCCGUUUGCUGCUGGAUAUUAAAUCGAUAUUUUUCCAACCUGAAGGAACACCCCCACCGGCAUAUUGCGCACAUACCACACUACUGUCUUGAUGCAUGAAAACAGAAUGUUUGGAUUUGGAAAAAUUUGGAUAAUUUGCUCGUUUAGCCCAAGUCUGCAAACUCUACUGCUUUCAUGCUGAACUCUGCAUCCUCUAGCUGCUCAUUCUGUGUGCUUGCUGUUAGCCCACGGAUGCCUCACCAGACCUCUGUGCCUCACCAUACAUGCAGUGUAGAGAUAGUUCAUAGGUCCAGCCCCCCUGCAAGUUUUAGGUCAUUAAUGUUCUCUGUGCCAGGGCUAGCCACUGCUAUGAAGGACUGCAGAAGAAUGACUGUUUACUGCCUGGACUGUUUAAGCUGCUGGCUUCCUCCUCAGCCACCAUUUUUUUUAUUCCUCUGUAUUUUCCCUUUAUUUUUUUCUGAAGGAGGCAGGAUACUUAUGGACUCUGGAUUAAUAUAGGUACUGUAUAGGACACACACACACACACACACACACACACACACACACACACAUACACACACACGGACACACACAUGCAUACAUACACAUACUAAAAUCUGCUUAGCACAUGGAGAAGAGACACUCAAGUGAAAGAACUUGUUUACUUGCUCUGGACUUCAAGACUGUAUUGGGUUUUGGUUCAUGCUUCAUUCUUGUGCUCUUAACAAAAUAAGGGCACUCUUCUCUGGACGUAUGAGAGAAAGUGAAUUAAAAAUGUUAUACUACAGUAUUUUAACUUUGCAUAACUUUUUAUUUUCUUUUAAUUUGUUUUUUUUUAUUCUAAAUGGGAGCAGUGUUUCCACCUAAUACACAGCACAGCUGUGUACACAGAUGUGUACAUGAGUGUGUAUGCUCGUGAGUGUGUGUGUUCAUUUCUGUGUGAGAGCGAUUUCCUUUAAUUUUGUGUUCUGUUUUUUAGUUCCAUUAUGGGAUAGUUACAUCUUUUUUUCGUCCAGCACAGACUCUGAUGGUGUCUGGAUGUAAUGUUGGAACGAUAACCCAAGCUGUAGUUGACAGGAGAACAGCGCCCCCUUGUGGAUCCUGUUGAACUGAGGAUCUGCAGAAAGAGGCUGAGGCAAGGGCUUGUAGGGCACAUUGAUUGCUCAGCAGCCAAGCUAGUACAGCGUGUACAAUACACCCAACUCCUGGGCUGAGAGUGCUCCUCUGAGACCUCCCAGAUGGCUGGAGCUGAGUGUGAAUACUGGGGCUUGACUGAGAGCUGGUGGAACCUGGAGGGACAUGGAGCCUCCCCUGCAGUCUCAGAGCUGUCUUAUAAUUACCACUAUCAGCGGGGGGGGGGCACUCCAUGCUCAUUUCAGGCAGAAAUAUUCUGCUCGGGCAGAAUUCGGCUCAUAAUUUGUCUUGCCACAUGGGUGUGAACUGGGAACGGUUCACGAAGUGAAAAUUGACGGUUUGGGGUGGGGGAAAAAAAUGUGUGACGAGCGAAAUAUUUAUGCAAGUGACAUCAUCCUGGAAUUCCCGUUAAUGUAUGCUGCUGUCACUGUCCCUUCAGGAUGGCAUCUGUUUCUGGGGAUGUUGUGUGUUGAGUGCAGUAGCCAUGAGGGAACGCAGUUCAGGCUUUAAUUAAGUGUUGGAGUGUGGUGUAUGGCUCUUUGCUGCUCGGCCAGCACGUUGUGUGCUUACUACCGUUCCUCUGAAGAUUUUUUACCAUAAAAAUCUCCUGAUAAUCUAAGCAGGGUGGCCAUGCUGACAGUGGAGAAUGUAACUUUCAGUCGUAGUUGCCAUAGGUACUCAUUCAAAUCAGAUUUAACCCUUACGUGCACUGUGAGAUUGGGGUUUUUAUUUUCCAAA